AUGAAACCAUUAUCAAAAUUAGUAGGUAAACUGGAAUCCGAUAGUUGUCUACUUUCUGAAGUUUAUAUAGGGUUUGUUAACUUAAUGGAAAUAUGGAAGGAAGACGCAGUAUUGAAAACUCUUGUUUUAAGCAGAUGGGAAUUUAUUCACAUGCCAUCUAUGGGAUUUGCAUACUUUCUUGAUCCACGAAAUCAUGGUGGCAGAAAUAUGUAUACUGAGUCUCCUCCAUCUAGCAAAAGUGAUCUUGUUAUAGUACUUGAGUUGCUUCCAAAGUACAUAGUUGAAACAAGAGGACUUUGCAAUUAUGAAAUUUCAAAAAAAGAAAUAAAAUCAUUUCAGAGGCUAUGUGCAAAUCCGACUCCAGAUUUUGCAACUCAGAUUAAAUUAAUGGAUCCUGAUAUCUGGUGGGGAGUUGAGGGUGCAAGUAAAUUUCCAAAUUUAGCAAAGGUUGCACAAAUAGUCUUUACUAUUCCAACUUCUCAAGCUGCAAGUGAGCGAAUAUGGAGUUUGUAUAAUUUUAUUCAUUCAAAGCGAAGAAACCGACUUGCAAAAGAUAAAGCAAUUGGAUUGGUUCUUAUGUAUGCAAAUGCAACACUCCACGAAAAAGAAGCAAAUAUUGCUGAUAUAAUGCUUGGCAAUACUAGUGAUCACGAUGAGAGUGAUGAGAGUGAUGAGGAUGGUGUUAAUGUUGAUUUCACUUUAGAGACUUCAGUUGAUACAAGUGAUUUAUUGUCACAGUUGGCUAAUUAA